AUGUCAAACGUUCCAUUCACUCCAUGUACUCCUCCACGGAGUAAACCUCAAGGGCUCGCCACUACAGACACCCCCCCAACCAACUUCUCCCAGUUCAAAACACCCCAAUCACAUUCCAAAAACAAGAAGAAUCUUACUACUUAUGUGGCUCCCAGUCUGAAAGACUUGUAUCAGUCCAAUACUGCGCUUCAAAAAGGUAUGAUGGCCCAAAGCAGCACUAUUAGUAGCAGUGGUCUAACGGUACCGUUGAUGACUCCAGAAAAGACACCCAUGAAGAGUCCAAGACGAAGUAAAAGUGCCAGUAAAGAUCACAUAUCUAUAGAGCUUUCUCCUAUGAGAUUAUUCACUAAGAAGUCUUCAACAGUUGGUUCAGGAAGGUAUCUGACGCCCCUGCAAAAGCUCUUUUCCAUAUUUGAUCUCCAAGAGGUGCACAAUGUACCAUCGCUGAUUCUUGAUAACGAAGACGAUGAAGAUGAUGAUCAUAUUUAUAAUAAUCCUCCAAAGACCCCCACGAAAAACCUAAUUACUGAUAGAGUGGUUGAAAAAUGGCAUAACGAACAUUUGGCCCAAAUAGCAGAAGAAAUUGAUGAUGAAGAAGAAACGGAAAUAUACCGUGAACAAUUGCCUAAUCCAUUUGUUGAAAAGAAAACCAUAACUAUUAUAAACCCAUUCAAUAAAAAACCAGUUCAAAUGGCCAACCCUUUUAAUCCUACCAACGGGAAGCAGCAUUGUCCUCGUCAACAAAUUGACUAUUCAACUCAUAUGGAGUUAAUUAACCCCAAGACUGGGGCUAGAAUUGUAAGAGAACUAAGUGAGUCUGAAAAGAGUAUAAAGCCUAAGAAGUUGGAUUUUAGUCAUCUACUUAAUGAUGAUGAAAAUGAGAACAAUAUUAAUAAUGAUGAUGAUGAUGAUGAGACAACUACAGACCUUGAUACACCUGACACGUUUACACCAGACUUUAAACGAAGACGAAUGGAGUUUAAAGUAUAUGAAGAAGGUACUCCUUAA